AACGUUGGGGAGUAUCGACGCGAGGCGGUGAAGCACUACAGCUCCUAUGACUUCUUCCGCCCCGACAACGAGGAGGCCAUGAAAGUCAGGAGGCAAUGUGCCCUGGCUGCCUUGAGGGAUGUCAAGCUGUACCUGACGGAGGAGGCUGGCCAGAUUGCGGUGUUUGAUGCCACCAAUACCACGCGGGAGAGGAGAGGGUUGAUCCUAAACUUUGCCAAAGAAAAUGGGUUCAAGGUAUUCUUCAUUGAAUCCGUCUGCAAUGAUCCCACGGUAGUUGCCACUAACGUUAUGGAAGUAAAAUUGUCCAGCCCUGAUUACCGGGACUGUAAUUCGACUGAUGCCAUGGAGGACUUCAUGAAGAGGAUCAACUGUUACCAGGCCAGCUACCAGCCACUUGACCCUGAUGACUAUGACCGGGAGCUUUCUCUCAUCAAAGUCAUUGAUGUUGGCCGGCGGUUCCUGGUCAACAAGGUUCAGGAUCACAUCCAGAGCAGGAUUGUUUACUACCUGAUGAACAUCCAUGUCCAGCCCCGCACCAUUUAUCUCUGUCGGCACGGUGAGAGUGAGUUCAACCUCAAGGGGAGGAUUGGAGGUGACUCGGGCCUGUCCAACAGGGGCAAGAAGUUUGCACUGGCACUGAACAAGUUUGUCGAGGAGCAGAACCUGAAGGACCUCAAAGUGUGGACCAGCCAACUAAAGAGAACAAUCCAAACAGCAGAAGCUCUCCAACUGCCCUACGAGCAGUGGAAGGCACUCAAUGAAAUUGAUGCUGGUGUGUGUGAAGAAAUGACUUAUGAAGAAAUCAGGGAGCAGCAUCCAGAGGAAUUCGCCUUACGCGACCAGGAUAAAUAUUACUACCGUUAUCCUUCUGGGGAGUCCUACCAAGAUCUGGUACAGCGCUUAGAGCCAGUCAUCAUGGAGCUGGAGAGACAAGAGAACGUCCUUGUGAUCUGUCACCAGGCUGUCAUGCGCUGCCUCCUGGCAUACUUUCUGGACAAGAGUGCAGAUGAAAUGCCCUACCUGAAAUGUCCCCUUCACGCAGUGUUGAAGCUGACCCCGGUGGCCUAUGGCUGCCGAGUGGAGUCCAUCUCACUGAACAUCGAAGCUGUCAACACCCACAGGGAACGGCCAGAGGAAGCAAAGAAGGGACCUAACCCGCUCAUGAGACGUAAUAGCGUUACCCCUCUAGCAAGCCCAGAGCCCACCAAAAAACCUCGCAUCAACAGCUUUGAGGAGCAUGUGGCUGUUUCUUCUGCCCUGCCAGGCUGUGUUCCUCAGGAAGUGCCCACGCAGCUGCCGGGACAACCUUUACUAGGGAAGGCAUGCCUGUAA